AUGUGCUCGCCGGGGCGCGUGUUCACGCUCAUUGUUUUUGCAGCGCGCAAACUCAAUGUCACGUGCGUCGCUCUGCCCCCAUGUCGGAUGCAGCUAUUUUUGAAUCACUUCACUCCACCCUGGCUCUACCCUGUCAACAUGCAUUGCUGCCGUUCACCUUGCGUUCCCGAAUCCAGCAUUCUCUUCCGUUGUCGCAUUCUAUUCCUCGCUGCGACUCACGCUUCCCCGUGCUACAAGUAUACUUUCCAGCAGCCUUUGUUGUCUGUCAUGGCGCGCUUGUUAUGA